AGUACAUAACUCAUAGAACUACCAGAGUAGAGGUAAAACAAAGAAAAAAAAAAAAAAAAAAGGGGAGACUUUAACGCUCUCUUCUUUUGAAUUCGAAUUGCUUGAAUAUGCAAAACGGUGUUGUGAUGGAGGAAACAAAGCUGGAACCACGAGUAGGGGUGGCGGUGUUCGUGUUAAAGGGAAAAUCGGUCCUGUUGGGGCGCCGCCGCUCCUCCAUUGGUGACUCCACCUUUGCUCUCCCCGGCGGCCACCUCGAGUUUGGAGAGAACUUCGAGGAGUGCGGCGCUAGGGAGCUGGAGGAAGAGACGGGUUUGAAAAUGGGGAAAGCAGAGUACUUAACAGUGACCAAUACCGUCUUCCUGGAGGAACCCAAACCCGCACAUUACGUCACCAUCUUCCUGCGUGCAGUGUUAGCGGAUCCUAAUCAGGUGCCACAAAACCUGGAGCCAAAUAAGUGCGAUGGCUGGGACUGGUAUGAUUGGGAUAAGCUGCCCCAACCUUUGUUUUGGCCACUGGAGAAAAUGGUACGGAGUGGCUUCAAUCCUUUUCCAUCUCAAUCUCAUCCACUUCACAGUUGCUGAAUGCGUUUUAGGGCUUUGCUUUUAUUUUCUGAACACUGAUCGAUGGGUUUCAUUUUAUCAUGCUGUAUUGUAUGGCCAAUAUUAUUGGUAAUGUGAAUUUAAAACUGUGAAUGUUUAUGCUUAGUUAUUAGUAAAAAAGGUGAUGCUACUGUGAUUGGUUUAAAA